AUGAACGGAGAAGCCCCCGCAGGAAGCGCCCUGGCUCCCCCAGCCAACGAAGCGGGACCCACCACCCCCAAGAAGGGACCUCCUAAGUUCAAGCAGAGGACGACCCGCACCUUCAAGAGCAAGGCCCCCAAGCCUGGACAGAAAGGAUUUGGUGAUGACAUCCCAGGAAUGGAGGGGCUGGGCACAGACAUCACCGUCAUCUGCCCCUGGGAGGCCUUCGGUGACAUGGAGCUCAGCGAUCUGGCCAAAUUUGGCAUUAUCUAA